AUGGGAAAUACCGAGAGCAAUGUGACCAGUGGCGUUAAGAAGCAGGCCGGAGUGUCCACCCAGGCGCUGUACAAAUUCGUCAACCUGAAGGGCGGCGGUCUGCUGGUGGACAUGAUGAAGCGUGCGAUACAGAACAAGCAGUACGCGGAGAUUGAUCAUGCGAUCAAGACGAAGGUGGAACCGUUUCUGUACAACAAGGGCAAGGGGAAGUACAUCCCCGUGUCGGUGCUGGUGCUGUUACGAAACCGGGAGCGGCCGCGCCACAAGCAGCUGCCCGAGAUCCGGGCGAUGGAGAACCCGGAGGAGGACUUUGACAUCGAUGCGGUCUGUCCGGAAGUGAGCGAAGCCGAGUACUACCUAAACCCUUCCGGCUAUCGGGAGGUGUGCUGGAACAUAAAGGAACGUGGCGCUGUGGGAGAGACAAUUCUACACCUUUGCCUACUGAACGCCACCUCUCUGCAUGCGGACCUAGCCAAACGACUGCUGCGCUUCUAUCCCAAGCUCAUCAACGACGUGUACAUGUGCGACGAGUACUACGGUGAGAAUGUCCUGCAUCUCGCGAUCGUGAACGAAGAUCCUGCCAUGGUGAAGUAUCUGCUCGAUCACAACGCGGACGUAAACGAGCGCUGCUGCGGUACGUUCAUGUGCCCGGAAGAUCAGAAAGCCUCCCGCUACGAUACGCCCGAAACGGAGGUCGUCCAGAUGGUGCAGGUGACGAACUACGACGGCUACGUGUACUGGGGCGAGUACCCGCUCACCUUUGCCGCCUGUCUCGGGCAGGAGGAGUGCUACCGGCUGGUGCUGGCCCGCGGUGCCGACCCGGACAACAAAGACUUCAACGGCAACACGGUGCUGCACAUGCUGGUGAUAUACGAGAAGAUUGCCACGUUCGACAUGGGGUACGAGGUGGGUUCGUCGCUUAGCAUCCGCAACCACCAGAACCUGACGCCGCUGACGCUGGCGGCCAAGCUCGGCCGGGUGGAGAUGUUCUUUCACAUCAUGAACAUCGAGCGCGAGAUCUACUGGCAGCUGGGCAGCAUCACGUGCGCCGCCUAUCCGCUCGGCCUGAUCGACACGAUCGACGUGGAGACGGGCAACAUUAACAAAGAUUCCGCCCUCAAUCUGGUGGCGUUCGGCGACAAGGACGAGCAUCUCGAUCUGCUAGACGGGGUGCUGAUCGAUCUGCUCAAGACGAAGUGGAACACGUUCGUGAAGGACAAGUUCUAUCGGCAGUUUUUCAUGUUCUUCUGCUACUUUUGCGUGUCGCUGGUGAGCUUCACGCUGCGCAAUGGACCACCACCGGCGGAAGAUGACGAUGGGAAGGAGAGCGAGGCUGGGGGGAAUAAAACUGCUGCUGCUGUCACGAAGGAAGAGCUUCGCCGGCAGCUGUGGAACGAAACGACGCUAGAGGAUGCGCUGGCUGCGCUUGCCGGCAAUGGAAGCUUUGCUGGACGGUUGUCGAAUCUGGAGCAGAGCAACGGAAGUAGCGACGCGAUGGGUGAGUUUGAUCCUGCCGAGAUGGACGACGAGGGUCUGUUCUUCAACUCCAACUGUCACACGAUGGAUUACGACGGUGUGGAGGGCAAGGUGCGUCUCAUAUCGGAGAUGAUCAUACUGGUCGGUUCGUUUCUGUAUCUGCUCGCUGCCUUGCGGGAGUUGAAGUUUCUUGGGCGGAAAAUGUUCUUCGAAAAUCUUAUGACAGCACCAUCGAGGGUUAUGUUUCUGUUUUCCUGCUGCAUAAUGAUGAUCGUACCGUUUCUGAAGGUUCUCUGCUUUACGGAGCUGGAAGAUCACGUAGCCGUAACGAUCAUGCUGACGACGGCGCCCUAUUUUUUAUUCUUCUGUCGUGGCUUCAAAACGGUCGGACCGUUCGUGGUGAUGAUAUACCGCAUGGUGAUGGGCGAUCUGUUGCGGUUCGUCGUCAUCUAUCUGGUGUUUGUGAUGGGCUUCUCCCAGGCGUACUACAUCGUGUUUCUGUCCUACAAACCGGACGAGGAAGGCGACCCAAACCCGAUGCCGUCACCGAUCGAAUCGAUUGUAGCGAUGUUUCUGAUGUCGCUGACCAACUUUGGCGAUUACUAUGGCGCACUGGAGAACACCGACCACGAGAUGUGCGCAAAGAUCUUGUUCGUGCUGUUCAUGGUGAUUGUUGCCGUGCUGUUGGUGAACAUGUUGAUCGCUAUGAUGGGCAACACGUACCAGAAGAUUGCGGAAACGAAGAACGAGUGGCAGCGCCAGUGGGCUCGCAUCGUGCUCGUCGUCGAGCGUGGCGUCCCGCCGAAGGAGCGGCUCAAGAACCUGAUGUCGUACAGCCAACCGAUGUCGGACGGGCGUCGUGCGCUGGUGCUACGAUUAAACAUGACGGAGGAAGAUAAGGAAGAGAUGAAGGAGAUACUCGAAAUGAAGCGCGUCCACGAGCGGCUGUCCAUAAAGCGGCAGGUCGAGCGGGAUGCACGGGCCGAGCAGCGUCGGCUGCUGCGCGAGAAGUACUUGAAUAUGUCUUCAUGAGCCGUUCGGCGAGGAGAGGUUUUUAUGAUGCUAGCAGUAAGAAGCAAUAAUCGAUACCACUUCCCCACUUUUCCACCAGUCUCGUUCAUCUCUGUUAGCUGUUUAGGGCAAUUUUUUAUUAAACUUCGAAUAGAGAAAUGGUAGAUAAAGAGAAUAAAGUUGUUUUUU